CCUCACAGCAGGACGGACAGUCGGAAGCUUCGACGUUUGUUGACGUUUUGUUUUCAUCGCUUCUGUCUGGAUUUGUUAUUUCCUAUCCUCCCACAUAUAUAUACAUAUAUUUAUUUAUAUAUUUAUUUAUUUUAAAAACCCGCAUCUCCAGCUGCAGCAUCACGCCUCAGUGCGGGGAUCCAGCAAACAUGAAAUGGAUGUUUAAAGAGGACCAUUCCCUCGAGCACCGAUGUGUGGAGUCAGCCAAAAUACGCAACAAAUAUCCUGACAGAGUACCGGUGAUUGUGGAGAAGGUUUCCGGCUCUCAGAUCGUGGACAUCGACAAGAGGAAGUACCUGGUGCCCUCUGACAUCACAGUGGCCCAGUUCAUGUGGAUCAUCAGGAAACGCAUCCAGCUGCCUUCAGAGAAAGCCAUCUUCCUCUUCGUCGACAAAACUGUCCCCCAAUCCAGUCUGACGAUGGGCCAGCUGUACGACAAAGAGAAGGACGAGGACGGCUUCCUGUACGUGGCCUACAGCGGAGAAAACACCUUUGGUUACGAGGCCUUUUAUACAACACGGGGUUAACACGCACACACACAUUAAGGCCUGACACACCGUUGGCCUUGACGUGUACGCAUUUACACACUUACCACAGUCGAUUUUUGAUACUAAAAAAACCACAAAUUUAACGUAACAAUGAAACAAAAUGCUACAAAACCUUUUUUGGACGGGCUCAGACGAUCGUUAGAUCUUCAGUGGUUGGUCUUUUUACGGUUUAAACGUCAGAAAUAUCUUUAACACUGCCGUAAAAUAAUAACAACCAUCACACAUAGGCACAACACAUAUAUAUAUAUAUAUAUAUAUUAUUCUAUAUAUCAGAUAUAUGGUAUUAAAUAAGGCUCUGACACACAUCGUCACCCGAUCAUGCUACAUUUCAGAUAUUUAAGUGAGAACGAAAUCCCUAUAAUCGUGUGACUAGAAUCAUUAACCAUGUUAUGGAUGUAUGUGUAUGGCUCAUCGUAUCAUGUAUGUAACUUUAACUCCACAGCUACACUCUGCACUAUGAUGGCAGGCUUUGAGAAUGACUAUAAAGGCGGCGGUGAAUGAUGAUGGUGCUCAGGAUGUUUCUGAGUGCUUCCAGGCUUGGCUGUUAUGUAUUUGCACAUUAUUUACGGUGAACUGCUGAAGAGAGACAACGCUUUACUUGAAGUUUAAGUGUCAUGUUUUUAACGUGAUCACAGGGGGCGACAAUCUGACAAAACUCACUCAGUUACUGUCCAAAAUUAGAAUUUUUAUCCAUGUUAUAUCCUCUUAAAUUGAAUAUUUUACGAUUUUAGACUGUUGGUUGGACAAAAUAAUUAAACCGAAGACAUCUAUGGAGCCCAGAAAGUGACGUCAUGCAAUAAAAAGUCAAGAACAUAUUUAAAUACAUGAAUAAAUAACUGAAAGUGUAACUAAACCCUGGUCAGGGUCACAUCUGAUGUGACAAACUACAACCAGUUCAACAAAACAAGUAAAUAAAAGCACAUUCUAUGUAUUGUAUAGGUUGCAUUGUAAUACGUCAGUUUCUGUUUUCCGACUCCACCCGAAGCCAAGAGAAUAAAAGCAGCUUUGAACCCAUGACAGACAAAAUCAAACGCGCCCGUGUUAUUGAUUGAUGCGCUUUUUAAAAAGUAUUCAUCCUCCUGCAGCGACAGUAAACGAGGCAUCACAAUGACUCGCGUGUGGAUCCAUAAAAGACUCAAUAAAAGCACCGAACUUCUGUUUUUCAGUGUGUGCACACUUGUUAAUGAUUGAGCGACUUUGAGUUCAAAAAUUUGACGAUGGACCCUGGUGUUCGUAUGGAUCACUGUGAAUCACGUACACAACACUUCAAGUAAAGAGUUAUGAAAUCAGAAGCACUCAUCUCCUCUCGGACGACUCUGAAGCUGACGUUUCUUUGGUGCUGAAUCAGAGUCCGGACACGUCCUUUUACUUUACUCGACCCGUUAAGAAGUAUUCAACACAACAAAAAAGUUUAAUUCAGGCUUUUAGACACGGUAUGUAGAUGUGUAAUAUAUAUAUACUGAUGGAAUGCUUUUGUUUUACGUCAUCGGUGUUGUAUGAUUGUUAAAUAUAUCUUGAAGACGUGAAGGAAUUUUAGAUAUUUGAAGAAAAGGUGAGGUAGCUGGAAGACCUGACCAAUAAAAACGAAUGUGAAAUGAA